GAGGCGAAAAGAUCUAAGAAAGUAAUUUUGUACCUCAUGAAAUGACGGCCCUUGUAAGGAUGCCAAAGAAGGAUUGGUAUGACAUUCUGGGUGCAAAGCCAUCAGACAGCCUGACGGAACUGAAACGGAAAUAUCAAAAACUGGUAUUAUUAUAUCAUCCAGAUAAACAGAGCGCAGAUGUGCCAGCAGGAGAAGUGGAGGAGCGUGUGCAGAGGUUCAUCGAAAUUGAUCAAGCGUGGAAAAUUCUAGGGAAUGAAGAGACAAAAAAAGAGUAUGACCUGCAGCGGCGUGAAGAUGAUCUCACACAGGAGUGGCCACUGGAUGCUCAAAUAUAUCUUGAAGACAUGUCCUGGAAUAAUGAUGAACAAUGUUAUACUUUCUUAUGUCGGUGUGGUGGGAAAUACACUAUCUCCAAGAAUGAAACUAAAGAGGUUUCCCUGGUUUGCUGUGACACAUGUUCACUAAUUAUAGAGAUCCUUCUCUGAAUAAGCAACUGCUUCACUCAAGCACAAUGAAAAUGAUAGUUUCAUCCAGCCAAAUAUUCCUUGACACAUUUAUUAUUCUGUCCACUGAAAAGGUGUGCUCUGUUCCAUCUUCUAAUCUAGAUGUCAUGCUUUCCUCAACUAACAAUUGAGGAACAUUUCCUCUCAACCUGAGACCAUAUGAACUGCAGUUGGGGCACUACCAUCAAAGAAGUUAAAUCCCGUGUAAUAGCCCAGAAAAACAAG